UGGCUGAGUUUACAUGUAUUCUUCGAAUUUGUUCUGAAAAUACGAGGAUUUUUUUCCACGGAAGGUCAUGAAAGAGAUGUCAGCGAGCGGUAAUAGUAUGCUUAGCGGGCAGCAGCCUCAGAAACACUAUGGCAUAACCUCCUCCAUCAGCCUGGCUUUCCCCAGGGAGAUUGACCACCUGUACACACACAAACUGACAGAGGCCAUGAAGCCGUUCGGGGUGUUUGAGGAUGAGGAUGAGCUCAACCACAGGCUUGCCGUUCUUGGAAAGUUAAAUGCAUUUGUCAAAGAAUGGAUUGCAGAAAUCAGUGAAACAAAGAGCCUACCUCCCUCUGUUUUAUCGAGUGUCGGUGGGAAAAUCUUCACCUUUGGCUCAUACAGACUGGGGGUUCACACAAAAGGAGCUGAUAUCGAUGCUCUGUGUGUUGCCCCACGUCAUGUGGAGAGGACCGACUUUUUUCAGUCGUUCUUCGAAAAACUCAAACAACACGAAGAGAUCAAAGACCUGCGGGCUGUGGAGGAUGCUUUUGUGCCUGUGAUCAAAUUCAAGUUUGAUGGGAUUGAGAUUGACCUCCUGUUUGCGAGGCUAGCUCUACCCUCCAUCCCCGACAACCUGGACCUGAGAGGGGACUCUCUGCUGAGAAACCUGGACAUCCGAUGCAUCCGCAGUCUGAACGGUUGCCGUGUUACUGACGAGAUCCUGCAUUUGGUGCCAAAUAAGGAGAAUUUUAGGCUGACUUUAAGAGCCAUCAAACUCUGGGCCAAGCGCCGUGGGAUCUACUCCAACAUGCUGGGCUUUCUGGGCGGUGUCUCCUGGGCUAUGCUCGUGGCCAGGACGUGUCAGCUUUACCCGAACGCCGUGGCCGCUACCCUCGUUCACAAGUUCUUCCUCGUUUUCUCAAAAUGGGAGUGGCCCAAUCCUGUCCUCUUGAAACAGCCAGAAGAAAGCAAUUUGAAUCUGCCAGUGUGGGACCCAAGAGUAAACCCCUCAGACAGGUACCACCUGAUGCCCAUCAUCACCCCUGCCUACCCCCAGCAGAACUCCACCUACAACGUGUCCACAUCCACUCGCACCAUCAUGAACGAGGAGUUCAAACACGGUCUCACAGUCACUGACGAAAUUCUUCAGGGUAAAGCUGAAUGGUCAAAGCUCUUUGAGCCGCCCAACUUUUUUCAGAAGUACAAGCAUUACAUUGUUCUCACUGCCAGUGCGUUGACUGAGGAGAAUCACUUAGAAUGGAUCGGUCUGGUGGAAUCAAAGAUCCGGGUUUUGGUGGGAAAUCUGGAGCGUAACGAGUACAUUACCUUGGCCCAUGUGAACCCCCAGUCUUUCCCUGGCAAUAAGGAGAGUGGCAGAGAGAAUGAGUUUGUGUCAAUGUGGUUUAUUGGAAUCAUCUUCAAAAAACUGGACAAUGCUGAGAGCGUGAACAUUGACCUGACUUAUGACAUCCAGUUGUUCACAGACACAGUGUACAGACAGGCCAGUAAUGUGAACAUGCUGAAGGAGGGAAUGACGAUCGAAGCCACACAUGUGAAGAGAAAACAGCUGCAUCAGUACCUGCCUGCUGAGCUGGUCCACAGGAAAAAGAAGAGCCUUGGAGAUGUGAAUCGCAGCAGUAACGGCGGGGUGUCCAAGCGCUGCUCUCUGGACGGGAGUCAGCUGGACAGCUCCAGGGACACAGACACAGGCACCCCCUUCAGCUCCCCCACCCCAGUCAGUAAACCCUGCAUGCCAGCCUCCACCCCAGACAACAGCAUCUCCCCGCCCAAACCUCCAGUCCCCCUGUUUGUGGACAGUUGUCUGGCCCCGGAAGUAUCGCCUCCUAAAGCAGAGCAGGGCAUGUCUAUUCCAGUCAUCGGGUUCAUGUCAGCUGUUUCUCCUGCUGCCAAGCCUACAACGCCCCCUGCUGGCAGCACUAUUCCUACGGUGGUGGGCCGCAGUGUGAUUCCGCGGAUCAGUUCUCCCAGCCCCAGUCCUCCAGACCUCCCCAACGGUUACAACGGGACUGCUGCAAAGAGACCGCACUCCCCCUCCCUGGAGGAACCGCCCAAAAGACUGAAAGACACGGAGCAGCUGCUGUUGUCUGACGAUUCUGCGUUUAAGGAGCCAUACCUUCCCCCCAGUAACGGGAGGGAGCAGGGAGACACGAUAGCAGCGGAGGAUCUGACUGGGACAAAGCCAAUGCCCAUUCCAACUAUAGACACCUCCAGAACACAGAGGCUGCCCAGUAAAGAGCUGCCUGACGCCUCCUCUCCAGUUCCUACCAGUAACCUGCGUGUGAUUAAAAACUCCAUCAGGCUGACUCUGAACCGAUAACAGAGGCUGACUCUGAACCGAUAACAGAGGCUGACUCUGAACCGAUAACAGAGGCUGACUCUGCCUUUGGGUCGUGGGGCUGUUCUGUUCUCUCUUUUCCUCCGUUCUGACGGAGGUUAGAGUGCAUCACUUUUGAACCCUCUCUCUCUCUGCUCCAGGACGCUCUGCAGACUUUCCUCGUGACCCACCACCAGAUUAGAACAACAUAAAGCAAAGGAAAAGUGUUUGCC